CAACUUUUUACAGUACUAGCUCAUUUUAGUGCUGCUCUCUCAGGGGUAAUCAGUGGUCUCAUCAGGAAAAAAAAGAAGAAGAAGAAGCCCUGGAUGACCCUCUAUGCCUUCAGGAAAACACAACUGAUGCAUUUGGCCUACAGGGAUGCUGUGAACAGGAAGGUGGCUGUGUGGAUGGAGUAGUGUGAAGUCUUGAGAAGAAAGGUGCCAUUAUAUCUAUGCAAGUCUGUAGAAUGGAAAUGAAAUCACAAUGCGUUAAUUUAUUAACUGAUGAAAUAAUGGAACCAGAAGUUCAGCAAGGCAAAAAUGGAGAAAAGGAAGAUGAACAGGUGGUCUCAGAGAUCAUGGCAAGAUGUUUUUUUCCAUCUGUGAUAACUACCACAUCCUGGGAAGGUUUUCAUUUUGCUGGACAUGAGAUAAGAAUUACAGAAGCCACUGAUUGCUAUGGUGCUGUUGUCUGGCCAUCGGCUCUCGUUCUCUGUCAUUUUCUGGAAACAAAUUCAAAGGAGUAUAAUCUGGCUGACAAAAAUGUAAUUGAAAUUGGAGCUGGGACAGGACUAGUCUCAAUAGUGGCAAGUUUACUGGGUGCUCGAGUGAUUGCCACAGACUUGCCCAAUUUACUUGGAAACCUUCAGUAUAAUAUUUCCCGAAAUACCAAAAUGAAAUGUAGACAUCGACCUCAGGUGAAGGAAUUAUCUUGGGGAAUGGCUUUGGAGAAGAACUUCCCCAAAUCUUCAAACCAUUUCGACUAUAUCCUAGCCACAGAUGUUGUAUAUGCCCACCCCUUCCUGGAUGAGCUCCUGACCACCUUUGACCACCUAUGUCAAGACACCACUAUUAUCCUCUGGGUCAUGAAAUUUAGGCUUGAUAAGGAAAAUAAAUUUGUGGAUAGGUUUCAGGAGCUGUUUAACCUGGAGGAAAUUUCCAAUUUCCCUAGUUUGAACAUAAAAUUGUAUAAAGCUAUGAAGAAAAAUUGUAAGAGGGCAUAAUACUCUCAGAUAACGAUCUGAAAACACUGCCAAGAUAUACCCAGGUAGGUAAAGGAGGGGGCAAAGGCCAUUUUUCAUUUGCCUAUAAUCUGUGCCUCUAUUUUAUCGUCUUUCAUUUGCUUUGAAACCCUCUGCAAUCUGACUUCUGACCUCAUCAUUUAACUGAAAUUGCUCUCUGCAAAGUUUCCAGUGAUCUCUUAAUUGCCAAAUCUAAUGGUCUUUUCUCAGUCCUGACUCCUGACUUCACUGUAGCAUUUGACAUUAUUGAUCACUUUUUCUAGGUACUGUCUUCUCUAGGUUUUUGUGAUACUGCUUUCUGUCUCUUUUCUGGCUGACCUCAUAUCUAUUUAACUAUACUUCUCAGUCUCCUUUGCCACUUCCUUAACCAUGUCAUGCCACACUGACACUGACUAAGUGUCCCCCAAAGCUAUGUCCUGGGUCCCUUUUUUCUCUAUAUGCCAAUGGGUCUUAACCCAGGGUCCAUAAAGUUUUUUUUUAAAUACCUUGACAACUUUUUAAUAUAAUUGGUUUUCUUUGUAAUACUAUAUAUUUAUUUCAUUGAAAUAAAUGUUUGAUAAAUUGAAAAACAUUAUUCUGAGAAGUGGUCCAUAGGUUUUUUUUUUUAAUAACCCUUACCUUCCGUCUUGGAGUCAAUACUGUGUAUUGGCUCCAAGGCAGAAGAGUGGUAAGGGCUAGGCAAUGGGGGUCAAGUGACUUGCCCAGGGUCACACAGCUGGAAAGUGUCUGAGGCCAGAUUUGAACCUAGGACCUCCCGUCUCUAGGCCUGGGUCCAUAGGUUUUUAAAUUGUCAAAGGGGUCCAAUAAUCUGGGGAAAAAAGAUUAAUACCCUCUUCUCCAUACUAUCUCAUUUUGUUAUUUCAAUUCAAUUACUAUAUUCAGAUGAUUCCUGGCUUCCUUAAUGACAUAGCUCCUUCCAGAUUUCCCUGGUUUCCUUAAGGACACAGUUCAAAUCUUACCUUUCUUUAGGAGAUCUUGGUCUUUCUAGUCUCCCCAGACAUUUAUACCCCCUCCUUUCAAAUUUCCUUCAUCUACUCUGUGGAUAUCUGGUAUAUGCCUUAUUAUUUACAUAUGAUAUCCCUCCCUACAAUGUAAUCUCUGAGAGCAAGGAAUUUUUUUUUGUCUUUCUUUGUUUCUCCAUAACUGAUUACAGUGUGUAGCAUAUAAAAAACCCUUGUCUGAAUCCUUGUUGACUGCUUCUCUGAGCGAACCUUAUGAACACACAGAAAACCAUGUUAAUGUCACAAGAAUCCUGACGUUAAAACCCAAAUUGAAAUACCAAACUUGUAUACUAUCACAGAACCCCUCAAGGAAGCAAUAUGGC